CUAUGCCUGGCCUGUUAAUUAUUUGUGUCAAUUGUCAUUGGCAUUUGUAAAUAAGUUGGAUCCACUUAUUAUAUCAAGUUAUUAUGUAUUAUAGAAUAUUUAAUAAUGGCUUUAACAGCAGAGCAAUGUGAUAUUCUAUUAGGAAUAUUGGAAACACACAGUGUACGUAAUUUUACUCUUGAAGCUCUCUCCAAUGAAUUACAUAAAAAAUUCGACUCUUCAAAUUUUUUUCAAGUCGGCACAUGCAUUGUUAUGUUAUUGCAAAAUAAUCUAUUACCUGAAUCUGAACAACGAUUAGCAGCCGUAACUUUAUUGCAUGAAUUAUAUCGAGGAGAGCCAAUUGCAAAUACUCCUUUUGCAAAUGUAUUUAUACAUUUACUGAAUCCUCCAGAACAACAAAGCAGUGUAGGUGCACCAAAAUUAGAAUAUCCUGGACAACUACCUAGAAUUUCCAGUUCAGAAAGAAAUUUUAUAAUACAGCUAUUGUCAGACAAGCCUAAGGAUGCACUUUUGAAGAAAACUGCUGUUCAAAUAGUUAAUUCUGACGCACCAACACAGGUGAAUGCUGAUUUUUCAAACAUUCAACUGAUUUUAGCAGAAAAACAAUCUGAAUUGCCACAAACGUGCAAAAUUGGAAUACCUGUAAUUUUAUCUUUACCUGAAAAAUCAACAAACUGUUACACAUCCGAUUCACCAAAAGAUGAUGUUAUAGUUAAAAAACUAGCGACCUCCGACAAUGCUGCCAUUAAUAAAGUUUAUAAACCGGAAUUUGUCACGUUAGCUCCACCUUUAUUGAAUUGUCAAGAUGAACUAGUUUGGUUAAAUCCCACUACACCAAAAGAGCAUACAGUCGCUUACGAUACCACCAUGUGCGUCCCCGAUAUGGCCGGCUAUGAAGCCCGACAAUUAAUGAACAAAGCCUAUAAAUCAGCUUUAUCCAUACAACAACAACAACAGUUGCUAGGAGAAUUAGAAGAUGAUCCUAAGUUAGUUUAUCAUAUUGGUUUGACGCCAUUGAAACUACCGGAUCUAGUUGAAAACAAUCCAUUGAUAGCCAUCGAAGUCCUUCUUAAAUUGAUGCAAUCUAAACAAAUCACGGAAUAUUUCAGUGUUUUAGUAAACAUGGAGAUGUCCUUGCAUUCGAUGGAAGUAGUAAACAGGCUGACGACAACAGUUGAUUUACCAACUGAGUUUGUUCAUUUGUAUAUAUCAAAUUGUAUAAAUACUUGCGAGACAAUCAAAGAUAGAUAUAUGCAGAAUAGGUUAGUGCGAUUAGUUUGUGUAUUUUUACAAUCUUUGAUAAGAAAUAAGAUAAUCAAUGUACAGGAAUUGUUUAUCGAAGUUCAAGCUUUCUGUAUAGAAUUCAGUCGAAUAAGAGAGGCUGCCGCUUUAUUUAGGCUUCUUAAGCAAUUGGAAUCGGGCGAAUUGGGUUUGGUCUCAUCACCAACUAUUAGUUCUAAAAGUUAGAUUUCAUUUAAUAAUAUUAUUUAAUUUAAUUGAAAUUAUUUUUCUAAUAUAAAUUUAUUAUAUUGGUUAACCAGGAAUUUUUUUUAAAAUGUGAAUUUAUUGGGAACGAGGUCAAGUAAAUUAGAAUUGAAUUGACUUCAGAAAUAUGUUAACUGUAUUUUUUAAAAUUUUUGGAAAAUUAAGAAAAACUUAUUAUCUGAUGUAUUAAUGUUGUUAAUUAAAAACUCAGAGUAAUACUUAAUAUCCUUUCAAAACUAAUAGCGUUUGAAUUUGAUUUUUAUGUUUUUUUACCUACUCUUAAAAAGAAAAGUAAAAAAGAUUUCUCUUAACAGGUUUCUGUAGUAAAAUUUGUGUUCAUUGCUAUUUUUUAGCAAUAUUUGAUUUUUUGAAGUCUAAGUAGAAUGUUCAAUAAUAAAAACACAAUAAAAGAAAUUUGAAUUUAUUAUUAUAACUAUUGCAAAACAAAGGUCUCAUUAAAAAAACAACUUUUAUUACAUUUUUAACUAUUAUUAAUUUUUUUCUGUCUAUGGCACUAUUCAUCUCCGUACACCCUGUCAACUUUACACGACGCUUUUGUAGUAGGCCACUGGAGAAUCUUGUCGUGAAAAUAUUCAUAUCCCGUGGUAUGUUAGGUGAGUUUUUCAAGUCAUCAAGCUUCUUUUCAUUUAUUGGUACGUUUUCGGUUCUACCGGAAAUCGUCUGUAACUUUGUUAUUUUAAAUCUAUAUUAAUACUUGCAGACCCUUAUAAAUUAUUUUUUUACCAUGAUACCCUUAAAUUUAUGAAAAUGGUUUGUUUCGUUGCUUUUAGGAAGGUCAGACGUAUUUGAAUCUGUGCCGAAAAUUUUUUCAUUUUAUAUAGGGUAUGUAUGAAAAGUGUUCAAAGUUCAACUUCAUAAAUAUCGAAUUUAUUUUUUUAAAUAGAACCACCCGUUUUUUUCUAUUUUAAUACAUUCAGGGGUAAAAAAUAAGGCAAAUUCAUGUUUACUUUCCUAUACCUAAACCUUAGCGUUAUCCAGAUAUUAGAUGUUUUCAGUAAAUUUUAAUAGAUGCAAGUGUGGUCUAAAUUUUAUGCUAAAAGCAACCGAACAGAAACCAUUUUCAUAUCUUUAAGGGUAUCCUCGUGCUCAUGCCAAUUAAAAAGCCCAAAUGACAUGAAAAACAUUAAAUAAAUAACUAUAAAAAUAAAAUUAUUUUGCAUUGUGUUACAAUUUUUUGAAAAGCAAUUGAUAAAACUUACAUUGAAAUUUUUACUUACUUUCUACGUCACAUUCAGUCAUGUGACAACAAAUGCGUAGUGGAGCGUCAUUUAGGUAUUUAAAUUUAUUUUUUUAUGAACUAAAAUACCGUUAAAAAAAUAAAAAAAUAGUGUGUGAUUAAGAACAAUAUACUAAACUUAGUUAAUGUAUAAAAAAGUAUGCAAGGACCCUAUUAUUAUUUUGUGUAGUUAAAGAUUUGAAAUUUUGGCGAUUUUCAAUUAAAUAUUUUAUAUCAAGAACUUAUUAAAUAGAAAAAAAAUACUUUUAAAAAAAUUCAAGUACCCUGUCAAUGUUAGAAUAAAAAAAUCAGAAGUGGUUACUGUGCCACAAUACGUGAACAAAGGAAUAUUCAAGAUGUUUGAAGAAAAACGUAACAAGCCAAAUGGCUGGUUACAAAACUAUUUCUAAUAUGUUUACCACAAGUACUUGGUGAAUAUAAAUAUUAAAUAAAAUUCAGUUGUAUUAGGAGGCCCAUUUUAAAGCAGUGUUAUAGAUUAACAACAGUUCACUAAUAUUGGAAAUCAUUUUUUUGCAUGUAUUCAACAAAUUUUGAAGGUUUUGAUAACUUUGACCAUCUUUAAAAGUGUAAACAAGAUAUUCUGAAGUUUAAAAACAUUUUCACUAUAUUUAUUUCACUUGUAAAUAAAACAACAUAUUGAAUUAAAAAUAAAUCUUAUUUUCACUUUA